CCGAGCGGAGGCCGCGGCGCCGCCCUCCGGUCCUGAGGAUCCCGCGCUGCCCGGAGCCCGCACCGCUUCCUCAUCCGCAUCUGCACCAACCGACCUGACUCGGCCUGGCCCUGCCAGGCCAGAUAGAGCGUAGCGCAAGCAGUUCACCGCAGCUAGGCUGGGGUUCCGCUAGGCCGUGGCCGAGAGGCAGACGCUGCGGGACCGACGCUGGAGCGCCCUAGCGGCCCGCGGACAGGCCUUUCAAGGCCGUGAGGCCUCCCUCUGCUCCGGAAGAAACUAGGCCCACUUUUAAAGAAGAACGUCAGAGCCUGCAGCACUAGGUCCUCAGAACACAGGACCCCCUUCCCAAGGACAUGAAGCUGUUGGAGAACUCGAGCUUUGAGGCCAUCAACUCACAGCUGACCGUGGAGACCGGAGAUGCCCACAUCAUCGGCAGGAUUGAAAGCUACUCAUGUAAGAUGGCAGGAGACGACAAGCACAUGUUCAAGCAGUUCUGCCAGGAGGGCCAACCACAUGUGCUGGAGGCACUGUCCCCGCCCCAGACCUCAGGCCUCAGCCCCAGCAGACUGAGCAAGAGCCAAGGUGGUGAGGAUGACGGCCCCCUCAGCGACAAGUGCAGCCGGAAGACCCUCUUCUACCUGAUCGCCACACUCAACGAGUCCUUUCGCCCCGACUAUGACUUCAGCACUGCCCGCAGCCACGAGUUCAGCCGGGAGCCCAGCCUCAGCUGGGUGGUGAAUGCAGUCAACUGCAGUCUGUUCUCGGCUGUGCGGGAGGACUUCAAGGCCCUGAAGCCACAGCUGUGGAACGCGGUGGACGAGGAGAUCUGCCUGGCCGAAUGUGACAUCUACAGCUACAACCCGGACUUGGACUCGGACCCCUUCGGGGAGGAUGGCAGCCUCUGGUCCUUUAAUUACUUCUUCUACAACAAGCGGCUGAAGCGCGUUGUCUUCUUCAGCUGCCGCUCCAUCAGUGGAUCCACGUACACACCCUCAGAGGCGGGCAACGAGUUGGACAUGGAGCUGGGGGAGGAAGAGGAAGAAGAGCGAGGAGGUGGAGGCAGUGAGGGCAGCCCAGAGGAGCCCAGCACCAUGGAGGACAGGGUUCCGGUGAUUUGUAUGUGAGGAGGAGCAGAGACCCCAGCUUCAUCCAGCUUCAACCAGUGCCUGGACCUGCUUUCUUGGGGGGCCCUAGAGCCUCCCCAGCUGCUGGCCAGACCCUGGUGCUGCCACAGCUCCAGCGCUGCCCACCUAACCCUUUGGUCCCAGCCCCUGGAUGGCCACUCACUCCCACAGGCUCUGCUGCCCACAUGGGCUGGACUGGACCGACAGCACAGGGCCUGAUGGCGAGAGCCACUGUCCUGCCCAAAGAAGCUGACACAGGCAGUGACAGCUGGACCCCAGAGUUUAUUUUUGUAUUUUGUACCGGGUCAGGCUUAGGCCUGUGCACUCCGGCCCAAAGGGCCAGAGACCCGGCAAGCCCAAAGGGUCAUCCACCCUGGGCUUGGGCCGGCUCCUGGCGCCCACCUGUACCCCCCCACCUCGCCCAUUGGGCAGCGUGCACUGAGUGUCACUUUGCUGCAGCUCGUUUGUUUCCAAUAAAAGUUUCUGUGACUUAC